AUGGAAACAAUCAACUCUGAUGAAGAAUCUGCUCAACCGAUUCCACCCAAUUCACGUUUCAGGUACAACUCACCCUUGGCACAGGUGUGUCUAAUUGGUGUUGUCUGUUUCUGCUGUCCUGGAAUGUUCUGUGCUUUGUCAGGAAUGGGUGGUGGUGGCCAAGUGAACCCUGACGCUGCUAAUAAUGCCAAUACAGCCCUUUACACCACCUUCACCAUUUUUAGCAUUCUGAGUGGCGGCAUUUACAAUCUUUUGGGCCCUCAAGUGACCCUCCUCUUCGCCUGCUCCACUUACACGCUUUAUGCCGGCGCUUUUCUUUACUAUAAUCAUUACCCGCAUCAAGUUUUUCCUAUAGUUGCCGGUGCUCUAUUGGGCGUUGGCGCUGGCUUUUUGUGGGCUGCGGAAGGGGCCAUUAUGACCUCGUACCCUCCACCAAAAUGGAAGGGUACUUAUAUUUCAAUUUUUUGGGCUAUUUUUAGUACCGGUGGUGUUAUUGGUGGACUUAUUCCUUUUUUUCUAAAUUACAAUCGUGGUAGUGAUGCUGCUUCUGUUAAUGAUGGAACUUAUAUUGGGUUCAUGUGCUUCAUGUCUGUUGGUGCUCUUCUUUCCUUGGCCGUUUUGCCACCUAGGUUAGUAGUGCGUGAUGAUGGGAGCCGGUGUACUAACAUUAAGUACUCUAGUGUCACCAUUGAGGCUACUGAAAUUGCUAAGUUGUUUUUGAAUUGGAAGAUGCUUUUGAUUGUGCCUGCUUCUUGGGCUAGUAAUUUUUUCGCUACUUACCAGUUUAAUAAUGUUAAUGGAGCGCUAUUUAAUUUAAGGACUAGGGGUUUGACCAGUGUUUUCUAUUGGUCUGCUCAAAUGGUGGGUUCUGCUGGGAUUGGUUAUGUGUUGGAUUUUAGUUUUCGAAGUAGGAGGAGAAGGGGUUUUGUUGGGAUUGGUGUUGUGGCUUUGUUUGGUACAGCAAUUUGGGGAGGUGGACUUGCUAAUCAACUCACUUAUUCUCAUGCUAAACAAGUGAAGUUGGAUUUCAAGGAAUCUGGUAGUGAUUUUGCUAGCCCCUUUGUGUUGUAUUUCAGCUAUGGGUUGCUGGAUGCCAUGUUUCAAAGUACGGUUUACUGGGUCAUUGGAACCUUGGCUAAUGAUUCUGAGACUCUUAGCAGGUAUACUGGAUUCUACAAGGGGGUGCAAAGUGCAGGGGCUGCAGUGGCUUGGCAAAUUGAUACACAAAAAGUUUCAUUGCUUUCCCAAUUGAUUAUUAAUUGGUCUCUGACUACGGUUAGUUAUCCAUUGCUUAUACUUCUUGUCAUUUUAGCCGUAAAGGAUGACACGAAGCCUGAGGAAGGUCCUUCCAAGGAUGUUGCUCCUGGUGGGCAAGAAUAG